AUGAGCUACUUCCUGUCCUACUGCAAAGCACACUGCACCACCGUGCUCGCCCAGUACCAGACCCUGAGAUCAGAGGGCUUUCUGUGUGAUAUUUUGCUGAAAGUGAAGGAAAAUGAAUUUCCUGCACACAAGUCCUUGUUGGCAUGCUCCAGUGACUAUUUCCGAGCCAUGUUCAAAAGUUACACCCAAGAGUCUAAGGCCAAUGUAAUUCACCUACAAGUUGUCUCACCCACCGGUCUCCAGCACGUUCUGGAUUUCAUUUACACUUCUUUGUUGCCCCUUUCCUUUGAAAGCCUGGAGGAUACCUUGGAAGCUGCAAGCUACUUGCAAGUGACUGAUGCUAUUGGCUUGUGCAAUCAAUACUUAGUUAACAACCUUGCCUUGGAAAACUGCUGCUUCUCUGCCAACGUGGCCAGGAAGUUCUACUUGCCGGACGCCUUAGCAGCAACAGAAAAAUACAUUGUCAAUAAUCUCUGGAAGCUGCUGGACUUGGAUUUGUCAGGACUGCUCGAGCUAAACUUCAGGUCUUUGCUAGCAGUGGUUCAAUCACCAGAUCUCCCCAUAGUGAAAGAAACCUGCCUGAUGAAUCUUGCGCUGCUGUGGCUGAAGCAGGAUAAAUCCAGGCUGGCUCACACAAGCAGCCUUUUAGAGCAUAUAAGAUACGGUCUCAUCCCAGUGGAAGAGCUGAGAAAAAUCUACAGACAGUCAGAAGUGCCCCUCUCAGCAAGUAUUAAGUGCUUGAUCAUUAAAGCAAUAAACUACCAUACAUCUGUUUACAAACAGCCUAUCCUGCAGGAUCAGUCCACCACACUGAGGAACCAGAAAACUCGCAUCAUUCUGCUGGGGGGAGGAACAGCAAGCGAGGGGCUCAUCACAGAUGUGGUGGCCUUCGACGUUUACAAUCACAAAUGGCGAGCUCUCACGCAGGUGCAGGACAGGGUGCAGAACCACAGUGUGUGCGUGGUGGGGAACUUCCUCUACGUCUUGGGUGGGGAAAUAGAAAAUGGUGCUCCAGGUGACACUAAAACUGGAAAGAACCUAUCGGUUACAAACAAGGUCCAUCGUUACGACCCAAGAUUUAACACGUGGACACAAACCACAGGCAUGCUGGAGAAGAGAUGCCAGUUUUCUUGUUGUGUCCUAGGCAAGGAUAUCUUUGCUAUUGGUGGAAGGGGUGGGGAUGGGUCACUGCAUUCAUCUGUGGAAGUCUACAACAUCAGCAGGGACAGAUGGACAAAGGCCAGGGAAUUGCCAUGUAAGAUGCAUGGCCAUGCCAGUGCCAUUUGCAAGAAUACUAUAUACAUCUCUGGCGGAAAGUACUCAGACCCAGCCAACACAAGCAAGGACGUAUAUUCUCUGAGCUCGCUUGAAGGGCAGUGGAUGAAACAAGCCCCCAUGAGCAUCGCUCGGUUUGGGCAUCAGAUGGCAACAAUCAGAGAAGCCAUAUUCACCUUUUUAGGAUUAUACGAACCAUUCUCUGAAAUAGAAAGAUACGACCCUGAUCAAAACCAAUGGACUCGGUUAAGACCACUGAUCUAUGAUCGAUUUUGCUAUGGCCUGGCAGUGGUAGAGGAAACGGCUCUUCUUAUAGGGGGAAAGAAAUGGCAAAACUCACAGGAAGUCCCCACACAAGACGUGGUUGGCUACGACAUCGACAACGAUGGCUGGGAAGAGAUCUGCAAAGCUCCCUCGCCUUGGUGUGGGCUGCAGUGUGCGGUGCUGCAACUCUCUGAACUGGCUGACGAACAGGAGAGUGACAGCCAGCAGAGGAGGCCACUGAGCUGCUGA